CCUCAGCGGGGCCGUCCCCGGCAGGUGGAUGCCGCCUCCCCUUCGCCGGCCCGUCCCGUCCCCUGCGCGGCUCCGCGCCGCCUCUUGCCGCCGCCCCGCUCCGCUCCCAGCUGACGGGGGCAGCCCCUUGUUUACUGGCCAGGGAGCGGCCGCCAGCCCGGCCUGCGCUGGAAGGGGCCGCCGGGCCGGGGCCGAUCCCGCCGGGCUGGGCGCUAUAAAGGGGGCCGCGGUGCCCUCCGGGUCUCUCCCCGACGAUGCGAAGCUGCGCCCGGCCCCCGCGCCCGCCCCGCGGCCUCUGAUUCGCCCCCGCCGGGCCGCGCCGAGCCGCGGCGGCUGCAGCAGCACGCGGGCGAUGGGAGCGAGAGCGGCGGCGGCGGCGCUGGCCGUGGCCGUGGUGCUGGCGGCCUGGUGCGGCCGCAGCCGCGGCGAGAUUUGCAGAAGCAUGGACAUUCGCAACAACCUGACCCGCCUGAACAUGCUUGAGAACUGCACUGUGAUCGAGGGCCACUUGCAAAUCUUGCUGAUGUUUAAAACCAAGCCUGAAGAUUUCCGCGAGCUCAGCUUCCCCAAGCUGACGAUGAUCACAGACUACUUGCUUCUCUUCCGAGUGUAUGGCCUAGAGAGUUUGAAGGGACUUUUCCCCAACCUCACUGUGAUUCGAGGAACUCACCUGUUUUUUAACUACGCACUGGUCAUUUUUGAGAUGGUUCACCUGAAGGAGAUCGGCCUCUACAACCUGAUGAACAUCACUCGAGGCGCCGUGCGGAUCGAGAAGAACAACGAGCUGUGUUACUUGUCCACGAUCGACUGGUCAAGGAUUUUGGAUUCUGUGGAAGAUAAUUACAUCGUGGCCAACAAGGAUGACAAGGAGGAGUGUGGAGAUGUGUGUCCAGGGACGGUGAAAGGGAAGAGCAACUGUCCACCCACGGUGAUAAAUGGCAUUUUCAUUGAACGCUGCUGGACCCACGAUCGCUGUCAGAGAGUUUGUCCACCUGCCUGCAAGUCCCAGGGCUGCACCUCAGAGGGUCAGUGCUGUCACAGCGAAUGUCUCGGGGACUGCACCGAGCCAAACGACCCUGAGAAAUGUGUGGCCUGCCGCAACUUCUACCUUGAAGGCAGAUGCGUGGACACCUGCCCCCCGGGUUACUAUCGCUUCGAGGGCUGGCGGUGUGUGACCUUCAGCUUCUGCCAGGAGCUGCACAACAAGUGCAAAAACGCCAGGGAGUCGGGCUGUCACGUUAUCCACAACAACGAGUGUGUUCAUGAGUGCCCCUCGGGGUACAUCAUGAAUUCCAGCAACUUGCACUGUACACCCUGUGCAGGGCCCUGCCCAAAGGUCUGUGACUAUGGGAAGGAGAAGACGAUCGAUUCGGUGACGUCGGCACAGGAGCUGCGCGGCUGCACAGUUAUUAACGGCAGCUUAGUUAUAAAUAUCCGUGGAGGAAAUAACAUAGCAGCUGAGCUAGAAGCAAAUCUUGGCUUGAUAGAGGAAAUCUCAGGUUAUCUAAAAAUUCGCCGCUCUUAUGCCUUGGUUUCUCUUUCUUUUUUUCGUAAACUUCAUCUGAUUAGAGGGGAAACACUUGAAGCUGGGAAUUAUUCAUUUUAUGCCUUGGACAACCAGAACCUUCGCCAGCUCUGGGACUGGAGUAAACACAACCUCACUAUUGCACGAGGCAAACUCUUCUUCCACUACAAUCCCAAACUGUGUUUGUCCGAAAUCCACAGGAUGGAGGAGAUCUCUGGGACAAAGGGGCGUCAGGAGAGGAAUGACAUAGCCCUGAAGACAAAUGGUGAUCAAGCCUCAUGUGAAAAUGAACUGCUGAAGUUUUCUUCCAUUAGAACCUCUCAUGACAAGAUCCUGCUGAAGUGGGAGCCCUACUGGCCUCCUGAUUUCCGGGAUCUCCUGGGGUUUAUGCUUUUUUACAAGGAAGCGCCCUACCAAAACGUGACCGAGUUUGAUGGCCAAGAUGCUUGUGGGUCGAAUAGCUGGACAGUUGUGGAUGUUGACCCACCCCCAAGAUCAAAUGAGCCUAAAGCCCAGGCCCAGCCAGGUUGGCUUCUGAGGGGCUUGAAGCCAUGGACACAGUAUGCUGUGUUUGUUAAAACUCUGGUCACCUUCUCUGACGAGCGAAGAACGUACGGCGCAAAGAGUGAAAUCAUCUACGUGCAGACUAACGCCACUGUCCCGUCAGUCCCAUUAGAUCCGAUAUCUGUUUCCAACUCUUCAUCCCAAAUCAUUCUGAAGUGGAAGCCACCCUCAGAGCCCAAUGGGAACAUCACACACUACCUGGUGUUCUGGCAGCAGCAGGCAGAAGAUAGUGAGCUUUAUGAACUUGAUUACUGCUUAAAAGGAUUAAAACUGCCCUCAAGGACAUGGUCUCCUCCUUUUGAAUCUGAAGACCCUCAGAAGUAUAAUCAAAGUGAGAAUGAGGAUGUCAGUGGAGAAUGUUGUUCCUGUCCUAAAACAGACUCUCAGAUACAAAAGGAGCUGGAGGAAUCCGCCUUCCGCAAGACGUUUGAGAACUAUCUUCACAAUGAGGUUUUUGUCCCCAGGCCAUCGAGAAAACGACGAGACCUUGGCUCCGUGGCAAAUGCCACUGUGGUGAUUCCCACCAUUGCAUCCUCUCCAAACAAUUCUGCAGCAGGGGCUGAAAACACUGAGGAACAGAAACCUUUUGAAAAGGUGAAGUCCAAGGAGUCUCUGGUUAUCUCAGGGCUGAGGCAUUUCACGGGCUAUCGCAUCGAGCUCCACGCCUGUAACCACGACGCUCAGGAGUCCCGCUGCAGCGUUGCAGCUUAUGUCAGUGCCAGGACCAUGCCAGAAGCUAAGGCUGAUGACAUCGUUGGUCCUGUGAGCCACGAGCUGAUUGAGAAAAAUACCGUGCAUUUGAAAUGGCAAGAGCCAAAGGAGCCAAAUGGCCUCAUUGUGCUGUACGAGGUGAAUUACGGUCGUCUUGGGGAGACAGAGGAAGCUCACUACUGCGUGUCCCGAAAGCAUUUUGCCAGCGAGCAGGGCUGCAAGCUGCGGGGGCUGCAGCCUGGGAACUACAGCGUCCGCAUCCGAGCAACGUCGCUGGCUGGAAACGGCUCGUGGACAGAACCCACUUACUUUUAUGUGGCUGAUUAUUUGAACGCUCAGCCCAAUAUUGCUGUUAUAAUUGUUCCAAUUAUCUUUGCCAUAAUAAUUGCUGGAAUUAUUGGAGCAGCUUAUGUGCUUGUGAAAAAGAGACAAACCGAAGGACCAACUGGGCCACUCUACGCAUCCUCCAACCCCGAGUAUCUCAGCGCCAGUGAUGUCUAUGUCCCUGAUGAAUGGGAGGUCCCACGAGAGAAGAUCGCUCUGCUCAGAGAGCUGGGACAGGGCUCCUUUGGGAUGGUCUAUGAAGGCAUUGCCAAGGACAUAGUGAAGGGAGAGCCAGAGACCAGAGUGGCUGUGAAAACUGUAAACGAGUCAGCCAGCCUCCGCGAGCGCAUCGAGUUCUUAAACGAAGCUUCUGUGAUGAAAGGGUUCAGCUGCCAUCAUGUGGUUCGCCUCCUGGGGGUGGUCUCCAAAGGGCAACCUACUCUGGUGGUCAUGGAGUUAAUGGCACAUGGAGACCUGAAAAGUUACCUUCGCUCUUUGAGACCUGAUGCUGAGAAUAACCCUGGUCGCCCCCCACCCACGCUGAGGGAGAUGAUCCAGAUGGCUGCAGAGAUCGCCGAUGGCAUGGCUUACCUCAACGCCAAGAAGUUUGUUCACAGAGACCUCGCAGCCCGUAACUGUAUGGUUGCAGAAGACUUCACUGUGAAGAUUGGAGACUUUGGCAUGACCAGAGACAUCUAUGAGACAGAUUAUUACCGUAAAGGAGGCAAAGGGCUGCUGCCAGUGCGGUGGAUGGCACCCGAGUCCCUGAAGGAUGGUGUUUUCACUGCUUAUUCUGACGUGUGGUCAUUUGGUGUUGUCCUCUGGGAAAUCAGCAGUUUGGCAGAGCAGCCCUACCAGGGACUCUCCAACGAACAGGUGCUAAAGUUUGUCAUGGAUGGAGGAUACCUGGAUCAGCCAGACAACUGCCCAGAGAGGCUGCAAAGCCUGAUGCAGAUGUGCUGGCAGUACAACCCCAAAAUGCGCCCCACCUUCAUCGAGAUCAUCGAGAUGCUGAAGGAGGACCUGCACCCCAGCUUCCACGAGGUCUCGUUCUUCUACAGCGAGGAGAACAAACCUCUGGAAACAGAGGAGUACGAGAUGGACUUUGAGAACAUGGAGAGCAUUCCCCUGGAUCCCUCCUCCUACUCCCAGAGAGACAAAGUCCUGGGGCGGGACAAUGGACCCUCCAUGGCCCUCAAGGGGAACUACGAAGAGCACAUCCCUUACACUCACAUGAACGGUGGCAAGAAAAACGGGCGGAUUCUCUCCAUGCCCAGGUCAAGCCCUUCCUAACGCUUCCUGUUUGGCCCAAGCCUUGUGUCUUGCUUCUUUUUCCCCACCCCUACCCCGUCCACAGAUCUCAGGACUCUCGUUGUUGCUGCCACAGUGUAUGACACACAUCAACAAACACUUCAGUUUUAAUCAUCAUGAUUAAUACCUUCUUUUCUUCUUCUUCUACUUCUUCUUCUUCCUCUUCUUCUUUUGUUGCCAAGUUGACUGGUUGUCAGUGGACUUAUCUGUGAACAUAAAUGGAAGAGGUUUCCAUGGCUGCUGUCCCUUCUGUAACCAUGGCUUCAAAACAGGAAGCGCCCGUUGUCAGCUCAGCCGAAGGAGGAGCCACGUUUGCCAACAAGAGACGUGAAUUUGCUGGGUUCUGAGCUGCAGAGCAAAGCUGCUGCGAGACAAAAAGCAUCUCCAGCAGAACCCCAGGCUUUCAGGGAUGACUCUUCACAGACAGCUGAAGGAUCCCACACGUCAGUCGGACGCGCCAAACCCUCACAUUGACCAAUAGCUGCUGCUUUCAUACUUCUUCAAAGGGGUUCGGUCCCAGGGGUGUGUGUGUGUGGGUGUGUGUGCAGUAUAUCUCUGUGGGGUGUAUCUGUGCAGCAAAAUAUACACUUGUGGGUUUUGUACAGAAGUUUUGUAUGUUCUCACAGAAGCUUUUCCUCCUCUGCACAAGUGUGUACUUACCUGGGCCGACUGCUUGGGUUUUUUCCUUCCCGUUUCCCUGGUGAAUCCUGAACAGAUUAUUUUUAUACUGUGGACUCUUGGGAGUAGAUUUUCUCUCAUCACCAAAUGAGGAAAAUGUGCUGGGAGCCAAAGGAGCAGAAAUCUGAGAUUUGUGGGUACUUUGAAGACCAAACGGAGUCGGAGCCCCCGACCUGAGACAGUUCCCGUCCCCACACCACUGAGGAUAUAUAUUGUCUGUUGUAACAUAUUUAAAAAACCACAAAUGUUCUUUAGGUUAAAUUUUAACUUCAUGUAAAUUAUUGACUGUUUAUGGGGAGGGGAGAAUCUGGGGGAUUGUUUGGUCUUAAAGUGGUCCAAAGAUUUCAGAAUGAACUCGUAGCUGAUGGCCGUUCUGGGAGCCGACGCUCGUGUUGAGUUUGUACUUGACGAGGCUCUCGUACAGUUUGUACAAAUGCAGUCAGCUGGCCCCAGUCAAAGCCCUGAGAUACAGCAGAGUUGGGACUUCACUUGGUUGCUGGGGGCUGCAGGACACCAGAAGAGCCCAAUCCCGAGUCCUGCUGCUCUUUUGCCUCCGUGGCCGUUGCGUUGCCGCAGGAGCAGCCGGCGGGAGAGGACGAGCAAGAACUCAAACGAAAAGUAAAGACACACUAAAGCUGAUGUACAGGGGAAGAGAGAGCACGAGGCUCGAGGCUCUGCACGUGGAGCAGAAGCUGAAUGUGACUGUGGUGAGCUCCCUGCUGCCUGUGUGCUGCUGCUCAGGCGUCUGGCCUUGUGCUGCCUGCAGGCCUUUGGUGUUCCCCGGAGGUGCCCGUGCUGCGUCCCACAGGCUUCCCGGGACACGGGCAUCAGCCACUGCUUUCAGUUCUUUGGGAUGUCAGCCUUCAUCUUCUGGACUGUGCUUUGUUCUUGCUGCUGUUUGCAUAAAAGAGCUGAUUAGUGUGAGGUGUUAGAAAAUCAUUGUGAAAACUAAAGGUGUCUCGUAGCGGUGAGGAGCGUGCUGGCCUGGAGAAGGGCUAAAGCAGGAGGUGAAGCAAUGGAUGUUAUGGGUCCCUGCAAUACAGGAGGUGGUUUUGAAAGGGGAGGGAGAUGCUCUGUCUCCUGUGCUUUUCCUCCUGGAGAGGUCCAAGAGCCACCUUUGUGCUUUCUGCCAGGAAAAGAACACGGUUCUCCUGCCACGGUGAGAGCGGGAAGGCCGAGGUGGGGCAUGGUGUCCCAUCACCUGCUGAGCUGCUGUGUGGUGUCCCAUCACCUGCUGAGCUGGUGUGUGGUGUCCCAUCACCUGCUGAGCUGGUGUGUGGUGUCCCAUCAUCUGCCCAGCUGCUGUGUGGUGUCCCAUCAUCUGCCCAGCUGGUGUGUGAUGCUCCAUCAUCUGCCCAGCUGCUGUGUGGUGUCCCACCAUCUGUCCAGCUGCUGUGUGGUGUCCCACCAUCUGCUGAGCUGCUGUGUGGUGUCCCACCAUCUGCUGAGCUGCUGUGUGGUGUCCCAUCACGUGCUGAGCUGCUGUGUGGUGUCCCACCAUCUGCUGAGCUGCUGUGUGGUGUCCCAUCACGUGCUGAGCUGCUGUGUGGUGUCCCACCAUCUGUCCAGCUGGUGUGUGAUGCUCCAUCAUCUGCUCUCUCCCCACAGCUGAUGGUGAGGGGCUGAGUGUGGAGCGAAGGGCCGCUGUGGCCAAACUCGGGGAGGAGGCUGGGCCCAGUGCUCCCCCUUGGGCCUGGGCACUGGGUAAAGCUGGUCAGUUGGGACAAAGACAGAGGGUGCAGCUUGUUUGUGCCAUUAGGUGGAAAACACACAGUCCAGGGGUAAGAACCUUCGACUUCAAAAGGCCUCGUUUACGUUUCCUCUGCUUUACACGGCAGUAACUGCUGAGCAGCUCUGUGCUACGCUGCAGGAGGGGAGGCACCUUCUCACACUUUUCUAAGGAAGAGAAGUUUUUCUUAUUAGAAUUUUUUAAUUUAUUUUAAUAUAUAAAACACUGUAAAAAAAAAAACCACAACAAAAAACCCACCAAGCAGUUUGUUCUCCAGACACACAGAGCGUGUGGAGCUGUGUCCGUGACACCUCGGCGGGUGCGUGUGGGGAGGUGAUGUUUGUCCUGUUCUGGUGCAGUCUACCUCAGUGUUUCUUAAGGAUGUUUUUAAUACUACACACCUCUCAACCUGUUGAAAUAUUCUGGUCUGGACCUAUUGUGGAUCAGGGAAGAUCAAUGCCAGCUGAUUCCAAUCCUAGGGACCAUUCAGCGAAGGGAAGGGGGAGGAGAAUGGCUCGUCGCUGUGGCACUGACCUGAGCAGGAGUGACCAAAGGCUCCAAGUGGGAUGUGAUAUUCUGAUCUCAUGCUCUAAAUGCUGUUGUGAUUAAAAAGGAGAAAAAAAAGGAUGAAAGAGCAAUCUAAAUGUUUGGACUUCAGUGAAGUCACGCCCAGAGCACAGCCUUGUGCAGCAGGAUGGGGCAGCCCGUGCUGUGGGGGUCUGACUGGGCUGUCUGUCAAAGCCAGAGUCCUCCCAGAAUGAGCAGUUCCUGUUGGUGACACGUUAACUUAUGGUGACCAUCACUGUGGGAAUGGAAGAUCUUUCUGAUACACCAGGCACUGGGACCUCGUUUGGGGUCUGGCAAUGAAUGGAGCUGGUGUUGGCUGGGCCUGUCGCUGCCUGCACGGGACUGUCAGCCCUCGGCUCGCUGAAGGGAAUCCACGUUUUGCUUUGUGGACAGGGAGUCCCCUCACAGCCCUCACACUCAUCAUCACUCUGCACUAAGCCCAGCAGUUCUUUAUACCCAGGACUGUGCAUCAAGGUUGCUCCAGUCAUCCUUUCCAUGUUGUGCCAAGGAGAAAGAAACACGUGGUCCUAGUAGUGAGGAUAGAGGGGUUUCCCCCUUUUAAAACCCUCCCACUAGUGAUUGCCACUCGUGGCUGUUACAAGAUUACAGUUGCUUAACUGUAGGAUGAGGAAGAAUAAGUGAACAUCACCUGUAAAGCCUGGCUGUCACCUCUGGGAAAUCCUUUCAGCCCAGAGCUCUGGUCUCUGUUGCUGGGGCUGCCCAGGUCCCUCACUUGCAUCCCAGUGACCUGUUUCAGGGGCUGUGUGUGAGCUGACAUGGCCCAGGCAGUGCAAGCAGGUGCUGCCCCUUCCUCAGCAGGAGCUGCUGCCGUUUGCUCCAUCCAGAUCCUGGUCAGGGUGAGGAUGCAGCAGAAGCACAAGCGCUCGCUGCUGCUGCUCCAGAGGAGCCGAGUGCCAGGGUGGGGAAGCAGGGGGAAGGGCUGGAGGAGAGCAGCCACCACUGGCAGGUGGGAAGCUCACUCUUUUCUUGAGGUGGUAGUUGUUAGAGGGUUGGAUCUUGCCCUUGGUGGGCAGAGAACUGCCUGCUUGCAGCACAGGGCAGCAGGAGAGCCCCUUGAGGCUCUCAAGGAGCAGCUGGAACAGCCUGCACACAGUCUGGGAGAGGGAGAGCACCAGCAACUGGCCAGAACUCGGCUUUCCCUAAAGCUGGUGAAGCAGGAGGUCUAAGAAAAGGGCUUUCUGUGCUCUGCUCCCUUUUCACUGAGCAGAUGUUGGAAGCUUGAGGCUGGAGAGGUUCCUCAGAAGCGUUUGUACAUUCAGUUCAGUCGCCAUGGCCUGGACACCUCUUGCAGCUCUGGUACCUCUCCUGCAGGAGCGCCCGGCGCUGCCAAGCUUGGCUCCAGGGCACAGACCUGUCUUUGCUCAGCUGCUUGUAAAUACUCUGUUGUGUUGUAAAAUAGAAGAGCUCAUAACAAACUCUGGGCCAGCAAUGGGUUGGGAAGGGUGAUAUUGCAUUGCAAGGAGGAGGCUUUGUGUUGAUCACAGAGGCGUUGGUGUGGCAGAGGCUGCUCUCCAGUUGCUAAAGGACACCCUCUGUAUGGGCAGUUUCUCUCUUUCCUCCUGGCUGCCUAUUGUGGUGAUGAGAUACUUUGCUCCAUUUUAGCCUGUUGCAUAUAAUGUUGGUAUCUCUUUGAAAAUACAGAUGUCAAAGUGUCUGCCUGAGUUGUGGAGCUGAGCUGAGAUGGGGUGCAGGGGGGCAGACAGGGAGCAGCAGGGUGCUGGGAUGGUUCUCCUGCGUUUCGGGGGAGGGACAGAGGCAACCGAGAUCCCUCUUAAUGUGGCUGUGAUACAAAGAUGGACCCUGAGGUGUUCUGGGCCCUCUGCUGUGAGCAGUGAUUGCUGAUACCAAGACUGGAACCUCGUUUUCUUUACAAGUCAGAAAGUAAUGUCUUUGUGCCAUAAAACCCUUGCUCUCAAGGCUGUGCUGGGUGCUCCUGUGAUCUGUGUGAGAGCGGUUCAGAGCCUGGAGUGAGCAAGAAGCUGCAGAUAAAAACCUUCUGAUCCUCUGGCUGUGCCCCAGCCUCCCUCCCAGCCCUUGGGGACACUCACAGGAGCCCUUUCCCCUGCACCAAAGAGCCACUGUCCCUCGUAGUCCAGGGAAAGGAGCUGUGGAAUGGCUUGGAAUCAAGAAACAGCUGCUUCAGAAAUACAUGAAAAUAAGAUUAGUUUGGUAUUUGUAUGAACUUGAUUUGAAUUUGGCCUUUUUAUUACCUUUCUGCUUGGCUCUGCCUUGACUCUGCUUGGAUUCUGUGUGUGAAUGUUGGUGUAGGAGCAUUAACGUGUUCAACCUGUUCUGUCCUGGCUUUGCCUUGCCUUGAGCAUCACAAGGGCAAAGCCAGUUGUACAGCUGACUUUUGGAAGAACCUGGGUGUUCCAAAGCAAUCCUGAAGCUCCCAUUUUUAGCAAACCUGCUGUCAUUACAUGUGUAUUUCUUGCUUGUCCUUCUUGUAAGUCAGCACUUACUCUUGCAGUUUCAGCAAAUUAACUGCAGCACAAUGCAAGCUAUGAGGGGACAGGCAGAGAAAUGACUUUUUAACUGUUGUAUAAUAAAGCUAGCAUUAACUCCUA